GCAUCAGCGACCUCCUCGACUCACACAUCACCUUCACACAGAACCGCAAGCACAUUUCCAACACCUACCCCGCUACCACCCUAUCACGAUGCACGUUUAUACCACCACCAUCCUUGCCUUGAUUACUCUUGCAACAGCCCAGCAGGUUGGCUUCGCCAGUGAUGCCUCGGUCGUCGCUGGCCCGAAUGCGAUCGACUCGACCAACAUCAACAAUGGCUGGCAAGCAGAUGGCUCGUUUUUCACCUCAGGCGGCUCUGGAAGUGGCUCGACAUUCAGCAACAUCGCCAACUCGCAUUUCAGCGACAUAAACUCCAACUCAGUCAACGAGCACAACAUCGCUAACAACCCGAGCUCUAACUCUGUUGCUGGCAACAGUGGAUGGACUGCCAAUGGCAACGGCAAUGCCCUCGGUGCUGUGCAAAACCAGUUUGCUGGAAUUGCCUCCCCGUUCUUCAGACGUGACGGAGCCUACCAUGCAGCUGCAGCCCCUGCUGGAGAGUACAAGGCACCAGGCCAUUUCGUGGGCAGCCCACCUCCUCCUCCCCAUGUUGCCCCUGCGUCUUACGCUGCGCACCCGGUUGUUCCUGUGGUCCAGAUUCCAGUGGUACCAGUAGUUCCGGUUCAUUAUGUAGCCCCUCCUCCCGAGUAUCAUGUACCGGUUGCCCCUGCUCCCGCUCCUAAGCCUGAGUAUCACGCUCCUGCUCCUGCCCCCAAACCCGAGUAUCACGCUCCUGUUCCUGUUCCUGUUCCUGCUCCCAAGCCUGAGUAUCAUGCUCCUGCUCCUGUUCCUGUUCCUGCUCCCAAGCCCGAGUAUCAUGCUCCUGUUCCUGUUCCUGUUCCUGCUCCCAAGCCUGAGUAUCACGCUCCUGCUCCUGCUCCUGCUCCUGUCCCCAAGCCUGAGUAUCACGCUCCUGUUCCUGUUCCUGUUCCUGCUCCCAAGCCCGAGUAUCAUGCACCGGUUGCGCCCGCUCCCGCUCCUAAGCCUGAGUAUCAUGCGCCGGUCGCUCCUGCUCCUGCUCCUAAGCCUGAGUACCACGCGUACUAAACCAAUUCGAUGUUACAGCCCUGAUCAACAGGCUCAUGGAUCUCUUCUUGCCUGUGCUAUAUCGGGAAUAUAGUGAUUACAAUUUUCGCCCCUUUUAUUCGUU